CCUAAUAGAAAAGAAACCCGGAGGUAUUAUCGCUCUUCUAGAUGAAGCUUGUAUGUUUCCUAGAUCAACACACGAGACAUUUGCUCAGAAGCUAUAUCAGACAUACAAAAACCACAAGCGCUUUACCAAGCCGAAAUUGGCUCGCAGUGACUUCACAAUUUGUCAUUAUGCUGGUGAUGUCACGUAUCAGACAGAAUUUUUUCUAGACAAGAACAAGGAUUAUGUUAUUGCAGAGCAUCAAGCGUUAUUAAAUGCUUCUACAUGUUCUUUUGUUGCAAACUUGUUCCCACCAUUAUCUGACGAUUCCAAACAAUCAAAGUUUUCCUCUAUCGGUACCCGUUUCAAGCAACAAUUGGUAUCACUGCUUGAGAUUCUCAAUACAACGGAGCCACAUUAUAUCAGAUGUAUAAAGCCUAAUAACCUUUUGAAGCCUGGAAUCUUUGAGAACCAAAAUGUUCUACAGCAAUUGCGUUGCGGGGGAGUGAUGGAGGCAAUCCGGAUUAGUUGUGCUGGCUAUCCUACUAGGAAGCACUUUGACGAGUUCUUGAACAGAUUUGGUAUCAUUGCUCCACAAGUGUUGGACAAGAAUUCUGAUGAACCAGCUGCUUGCAAGAAGCUUCUUGAUAAGGCCGGACUUGAAGGAUAUCAGAUUGGUAAAUCAAAGGUCUUUCUUAGGGCCGGACAAAUGGCAGACUUGGAUACUCGGCGAACUGAAAUCUUGGGAAGAUCGGCGAGCAUUAUCCAAAGAAAAGUGCGAUCUUAUCUUGCGCAGAAAGCUUUUAUCCAGCUGCGUAUCUCUGCUACACAGAUCCAGGCAGUUUGCAGAGGUUAUCUUGCUAGAAGUAUUUACGAAGGCAUGCGUAGGGAAUCUGCUGCUUUGAAAAUCCAGAGAGACUUGCGUAAGUUUCUGGCUAGGAAAGCUUACACUGAGCUAUUUUCUGCUACUAUUUCAAUUCAAGCGGGUAUGCGUGGUAUGGUUUCCCGAAAGGAACUGUGUUUCAGAAGGCAGACUAAAGCUGCAACAAUAAUCCAGAGCCGGUGUCGUGUAUACUUGGCUCGGCUGCAUUACAGAAAACUAAAGAAAGCAGCUAUCACGACACAAUGUGCAUGGAGAGGAAAAGUUGCGCGGAAAGAACUCAAAAACCUUAAGAUGGCUGCUCGAGAAACAGGAGCUCUUCAAGAAGCCAAAAACAAGCUAGAGAAGCAAGUUGAGGAACUGACAUGGAGAUUACAGUUAGAAAAACGAAUGAGGACUGACCUGGAAGAGGCCAAAAAGCAAGAAAAUGCAAAAUAUGAGUCUUCUUUAGAGGAAAUACAAAAUAAGUUUAAAGAAACUGAGGCAUUGCUUGUUAAAGAGCGUGAAGCUGCCAAGAAAGUUUCCGAGGUGCUCCCUAUUAUUAAGGAGGUUCCUGUAGUUGACCAGGAAUUAAUGGAGAGACUCACAAAUGAAAAUGAAAAGUUGAAGGGGAUGGUAAGUUCUCUUGAGGUAAAGAUAGAUGAAACAGCAAAGGAACUUCAGGAGACAAGCAAGAUUAGUCAGGAUAGACUAAAGCAAGCGUUGGCGGCAGAAUCUAAAGUAGCGAAGUUGAAGACUGCAAUGCAGAGGCUUGAAGAGAAGAUUUCAGACAUGGAAGCCGAGAAACAAAUUAUGCUUCAGCAAACGAUCUUAAACACGACUGCGAAAACUGUAACAGGGCAUCCUCCAACUGCAACUAUUAAGAAUCUGGAAAAUGGACACCGUACAAACUUGGAAAACCAAUUCAAUGAAGCUGAGUUCGAUGGAAAUGCUGCGAGAUCUGCUGCAGAACGUCAACUUGAGAAUGUUGAUACUCUCAUUAACUGUGUCAAGGAAAACAUCGGUUUCAGUAAUGGGAAACCUAUUGCUGCAUUUACAAUAUACAAGUGUCUUCUUCACUGGAAGUGCUUUGAAUCAGAGAAGACUAGUGCGUUUGAUCGUCUUAUUGAGAUGAUUGGUUCCGCGAUUGAGAAUGAAGAUGACAAUAGUCAUUUGGCAUAUUGGUUGACAAACACAUCAGCACUACUGUUUUUACUUCAAAAAAGUCUUAAAACUGGUGGCACUGGAACAACUGCAAGCAAGAAGCCGCCUAUCACAACUUCCUUGUUUGGAAGAAUGGCCUUGAGUUUCCGCUCUUCACCAAACCUUGCUGCUGCGGCUGAAGCUGCUGCUCUUGCGGUGAUCCGCCCAGUGGAGGCAAAAUACCCGGCUCUGCUUUUCAAGCAACAGCUUGCAGCAUAUGUAGAGAAAAUAUUUGGGAUGAUUAGGGAUAACUUGAAGAAAGAGCUCUCAGCUUUAAUAUCUCUGUGCAUUCAGGCACCGAGAAUUUCAAAAGGAGGGAUGCAAAGAUCUGGUAGGUCUGUUGGAAAAGAUUCCCCUGCUAUUCACUGGCAGAGCAUUAUUGAUGGUCUCAAUUUGCUUCUUGCCAUAAUGAAAGAAAACUAUGUUCCCUUGGUACUCAUCCAAAAGUUACACACUCAAACUUUCUCGUUCAUCAAUGUGCAACUGUUUAACAGCCUUCUACUGCGUAAAGAGUGCUGUACAUUCAGUAAUGGAGAAUUUGUAAAGUCUGGGCUUGCAGAGCUAGAGUUGUGGUGCGGCCAAGUCAAUGAAUAUGCUGGGCCAUCUUGGGAUGAACUGAAACACAUCAGACAAGCUGUUGGGUUCCUGGUUAUCCACCAAAAGUACAGAGUGUCAUAUGAUGAUAUAGUACAUGAUCUUUGCCCGAUCCUUAGUGUCCAACAACUUUACCGGAUAUGCACAUUAUACUGGGACGACUGCUAUAACACCCGAAGUGUGUCUCAAGAGGUAAUAUCGAGCAUGCGUGCGCUCAUGACAGAGGAAUCCAACGAUGCAGACAGCAAUUCCUUCUUGUUGGAUGAUAAUUCCAGCAUACCCUUCUCAAUCGACGAAAUAUCCAAUUCGAUGCACGAAAAAGACUUUGCGAGUGUAAAACCGGCUAAAGAGCUUCUGGAAAAUCCAGACUUCGUAUUCUUGCACUAGUUCCUUGGAAUAGAGAAAGCUCAGAUUCUAAAAGCUCUUCCUCUAUUUUUUUAGUCUGAGGUAGAGAGAGGUGCCUUCUUGAACCAAAAGGAAUGAAGAUUACAAAAGUGUAAAUUUUUACUUGUUGUGGGGUUGUUUCUUGCAAACACCUCUUGUGAUUCUCUCAGCAAUUCAUUCUUUUAUUAUUUUGACCCCAUUACAAAAGUUUUCUUCGUUUUUAGACCCAACAUUAUACGUUAUAGUAUUUGUUUUGUUAAUUCUUUUCCCAAGCUCUUAUUAUGUCCAAUUUAGUGACUGUGUGAUGAAAGAUCCUUAAUUUUCUGUACAGAAUUAAUGUAAUUUCAC